AUGGAGCCCGGCGGGGACCACCGGAGCCGGAGCGGCGGCGGCAGGGGCGGCCCCGGGCCAGCAGCGGCCUCGGCACGGGGCCGACGGCUGCCGCCCGCCGGAUCGAGCGGCGGCGCGGAACCCGAGGAGGACGACGGCGGGCAAGAUCUUCAGCUGGAAGGGGGUGCCUUGGGGUCCUGGGGGAGUGCCCCCCUGCCCUCCUCCAGGGCCAGGGGACCGGCAUCUUCAGGCAGGAAAUACUCAGACCACUGUGAGGCCCGGGCCUCGAGGCCGGGAAAGAGCCGCAUCCCCGGCCGCGACCACCGGCGCUACUACCACGACCACUGGCGGCUGGAGUACCUGAUGGACUUCAACCCCGCCCGGCACGGCAUGGUGUGCAUGGUGUGCGGCAGCUCCCUGGCCACCCUCAAGCUCAGCACCAUCAAGCGGCACAUCCGCCAAAAGCACCCCUACUCCCUGCAUUGGAGCCCCCGGGAGAAGGAAGUCAUCAGCAACAGCUGGGAUGCCCACCUGGGGCUGGGGGCCUGUGGAGAGUCUGAGGGCCUGGGGGCCCAGGGGGCUGAGGAGGAGGAGGAAGAGGAAGAGGAAGAGGAGGAGGAGGGGGCCAGCCUGCAAGCUUGCCCGCCCAAGGGCCCAGGCAAAGCCCCAGCUGGUGAGGGCGGCCGAUGCCAGCGGCGAGGGGGCCCAGUGGCACCCCGGGCUCGGCGUCGGCGCCUGUCAGCCUCCCGGAGGGCCGGGGGCAGCAGGGGGCUGGGGGCCCGGCGGCUGGAGCGGAGGCUGAAGGAGUCCCUGCAGAACUGGUUCCGGGCAGAGUGUCUCAUGGACUAUGACCCUCGGGGGAACCGGCUGGUGUGCAUGGCCUGUGGCCGGGCACUGCCCAGCCUGCACCUGGACGACAUCCGCGCCCACGUGCUGGAGGUGCACCCCAGCUCCCUGGGGCUCAGCGGCCCCCAGCGCAGCGCCCUGCUGCAAGCCUGGGGAGGCCAGCCCGAGACACUGUCUGAGCUCACUCGGUCCCCACCAGACGACGACCUCGUCCCCCAGGACCUGACCAGAAAGAGCCGGGACCCCGCCCCCACUGCCGGAGCCCUAUCCUCUCAGGAUCUCAGUCCCCCAGACGUAAAAAAGGAAGAGGCUGGCGGGGUCCCUGAGAGGCCCGGGCCGGCAGAGGAGGAGGAGGAGGAGGAGAAGGAGGAGGAGGGCGAGAGGGUGGGGGUCCCGGGCCGGUCGCCGCGGGGCCGUGACCACCGCCGCCGCUACCAGGAGCGCUGGCGGCUGGAGUACCUCAUGGAGUUGGACGGCGGCCGGCGCGGCCUGGUGUGCAUGGUGUGCGGGGGCGCGCUGGCCUCGCUCAAGAUGAGCACCAUCCAGCGGCACAUCCGCCAGCGCCACCCGGGCUCCACACGCCUCAGCGGGCCUGUUAAGGCCCUUAUCGCCCAGGAGUGGAGCGAGCAGGCCGCUCACCUGCUGGCCCUGGGGCUGCCCUGCCCCGAGUCCCCCAGGGACCCUGCCGCCCCCGGCACAGCCGCAGCCUCCGAGGAGGGGGGAGGGGAAGAGGAGGAGGAGCCGGAGGAGGAGUGGUGGGGUGAGCUGGCGCAGGGCCAGAGCAGGUGGCGCGGGAGAGUGGGGGCAGGGACCCGGGCCAGGCAGGGAGCGAAGGCUGGGAGUGCUGGGGUGGGAGGGGGUGGGGAGAGUGGAAGGCUGAAGGGGAGGCCGGGGAGGAUGGGCCCGGAGGGCCGAGGCGGGCGGUCGUGGAGCCGAGACCCUGGACGCGGUCGGCUCGUCCUCCGCCGGCUCCAGUGCGGUCCUUUGUCCCUUCCUAGGCGACGUCCCGCUCUCCCCAGGGGAGCCGUCGGAACGGCCCGCGGAGGAAGAGGACGACGACGAGGACGGCCAGGAGCCCGGGGGACUCGCCUUCCCGCCGCUGCCCCCUCCGCCGCCGCCGCCGCCGCCUCCGCCCCCGCCCCGCAGCCGAGAGCAGCGGCGGAACUACCAGCCGCGCUGGCGGGGCGAGUACCUGAUGGACUACGACGGCAGCCGGCGCGGCCUGGUGUGCAUGGUGUGCGGGGGCGCGCUGGCCACUCUCAAGGUCAGCACCAUCAAGCGGCACAUCCUGCAGGUGCACCCCUUCUCCAUGGACUUCACGCCCGAGGAGCGCCAGACCAUCCUGGAGGCUUACGAGGAGGCGGCGCUGCGCUGCUACGGCCACGAGGGCUUCGGGCCGCCGGCUCCGGCGCCGCGCGACGGCGGCGCGGACCUCAAAGCGGGCGCCAUUUGUCGCGCGUAGCGGGCUCGCGGGGCGGCUCGGCCCUGUGCUCGGCCGGCCCUCGGGCCGGGACGCCCAGCUUCCCGCGGCACUGACCGCCGCAGCUGCCCCCCCGCUGGCCGGGCCGGGCGGAGAUAGGAAUUGGGUGGGGUCGCCGGCUUCCGCUCGGUGCCCAGGAGCACCCCCCCCCCGCCGGGGCCGGUCGGUGCGCUGCGGGAAGCGCGCGCUCGCUUCGGAUCCGGAGCCCUGGCCCUCCCCCGCGCUGGGCCCCACGUUUCCCGAAAGGCCACCUUGGCCUCCGAGCGUGUGCACGUUGGGUUUCCAACCCCGGCCCCGCGCCGGGCCGGGGUGGGGGUGCCGACAGUCAGUAUUAGGGCCCCAAGGGUAGGGGGGAGGGCAGGAAGGCCGCGCCGGCGCCGUCCCUGGGCGGGGGCCCAGUUCCCCGCGGCGUUGCACGCGGGCAGGCACGGUCCCCGGGGUCGCGGGCGGCUGCCGCCGGGACCUCAUUGGUAUUCGCGGCCGCUCGGAGGCCAGGACUGCGGACGAGGGCUUCCAGUGGGGGGCGGGGCGGCGGGGCUCGGGAGCCCCACCCCCGGGCGGCGAGGACACCAGGGACCGCGGGCGGGCGUCCCGGAGGCGGGGGCGGAGCUGGGCUGGGGCUCCGGCAGCUGCGCCAGCCCUCCCAGGCGGGCUCUGGGGACGGUGCGCCCCGCGGCCCCUCCCGCCUCCUCCGCUCCUGCCACGCCCUCCCGGGCCCCGAUCUUGUAAAGGGAUUAGCACUUUUCUUCUUUGCUCCUCUCCUGCUCUGAAGGCCUCCGUUUCCCCCUAAACUCAGUCAGGCACUCCUGCUCUAUCGUUCCCCGACAGUCCGAGCCCGGGGCACUGGAGGUCCCGGCAGUUGGCGUUCUAUUCCCGUCCCUUCCUGUCCCCCUUUGUACACGGUGGACGUGCCACCCAUUCUCAGCACCCAAGGGCCUGGGGCCGGGCCUCGGCCUUCCUUUCUCUAACCCGCGGCAGCGCCAGGCCCAGUGGGGCCGGGAAGGGGCCCCGCGAUCUCCCAGGCAGGUCCGAGUGGGAUGUGUAGAUUCAUUCUCCUGUGGAGAACAGGUGGCCCCGAGAUCAGGCCCUUUUUGCUCUUUGUAUUUUAUUUUGAAACUGUAUUUAAUGCUUUUAUAUGAAAGGGGGAGGGGCGGGGAGCGAGCUGUCCCAUUCACCCUUAUGUGCAAAUGUCUUAUUUAUUAUACUUGUAUCAGAGAUAAGCUGUGAGGUGGCGGAGGAAGGACCUACAGGAAGGAGUGAGGACAGAGGUGGGGCUGGGGGACCCCAAACAUCCCACACUAAUGUGUGACCCUCCUCCGGGGCCUGUCCUCAAGUCUCCGGGCCCCAGUGUCUGCUCUUCACAUAGCCAGGCCGGUUCCUUUGGUCUUAAAGCCUGAGAGUGGGGAGGUGAGUGGGCGGACUUGAGGGUUGGGUCUGGAGGUGGAGGGGCCCUGGCACUUGGGGCCAGGGUCGGCCUCUGUGGGUGGGUGGGAAAGCCCAGUGCAAAGAGGAAGCCCUUCCUCAUCCCAGCACCCCCAGGCCAGAGCCCAAGGUUCAAGUGCCUCAGGCCCAGUCCCCUGGACUCAUUCCUGAUUGGGAAUUGGAUUUUAUACCACGGAUUUUAUAGCAUUUUUAUAUAAUUCAAGAUUGUCAAAGCUGGAAAGACCUUGGAGAUCAACCAGUACCUGCCCCCUUAACCCCUUUCCCAGAUAAGGUAGUGAAGGACAGAAACUGAAAUGAUCACACAGCCAGGUAGGAACAGUAUAGAACUAGAAUGGAAAUCCCGACUCCCAAUUCAGUGUUGUUUGCACUACACCACACUGCCUCCCAGUCUCUGUAAAUUCGUACAAUUUCUUUUCCCACUAGGCCUGCCAAAGGAUGGCACAUGCUGGGUGCUGCAGGCCGUUUCAGUGCAGUCGUGACCUGGGGAUGGCAAAGAACUGCACGCCUCCUGGGAACGAGCAGUCUCCAGGCCACCACAGGCCUCAGCUCCCGGGUUGGGGCGGCAGUCUUCAUCAGAACCCCACAAGUGGGGCUGACACCUGUCCCACGGCCUCUCCGGUAGGGCAAGGGCUCUGGUAUUCUCUGGGUUUUGUUGCAAAUGCCACCAGCGAUUCAGGAAAUCCUGCAUGAGCUGUCGGUUGACUGAAAAGUGAAUUCCCAGUGUGUUUGAAACUCCCAGGGUUUUUGAGACAGUAUUAAAAGCUUGAGAACAGGGAUUGCAGAUGGCACCAGGCUGGGCACUGCCAUUCUUUUAUUUUCCUUCGUGCACGUUGUUUUCAGAUCCAGAACGAGUAUUUUACCACUUUUACUACCCUGCCUGUUCAGAAACAGUAGGCAAAGUGGGGUGACCUAUUCUGGUCACCCAAGCCCACUGCCCAAGUUCAGGUCAGCCAGGACAGAGAGCGGGUUAGGAAUGGCUUUUCCCCUUGAUAGGGAGAGAGGCCUUAGGAAGACAGGAGUCAAAGUCUUCAUGGAGAGGCAGCCCCAAGCACUCCACGGGUUCCCAAAGUGUGGCCACGGGGACCGGUAGCUUCAGCAUCACUUUAGGAACCUACUAGAGAUGCAAAUCCUUGGGCCCCACCCUGAUGAAUCAGAAAUGGGCGGCACCCAGCAGUCCUUUCUGAUAAGCCCUCCAGUGAUCAUGAAGCUGAAGAUCUAAGCCCCAGUGACCCGAGUGCCACUGUAGUGAUUCCUGCUUUGACGGCGGCCAUGGCCUCUUGGGUUAGGGGUCAGGGGGGUUAGGUGGUCCUCCUCUCUAGGUGCCUCCUCCUUGCCUUGGGAAGUCUGACAUGAACAGGUGAAGUUUCUUCAUGAAGUUUUUGUUAAUGGUAUGCUUGCUAUUAUGGCCAAUAUGUAAAUGUUACUCUGAAUCCAUAUUUAUAUACCAUGUUAGUGACAUUACUCGAACAUUUGUAUGUGUAUUUGUGAAGUUGUUUGCAUCAGUUAUUUUUUAAAAAUUUCAGCCUAAGUUUUCUAAGAGGUAUGUUGAAUAAAUUUUUAAAAUCCAGCUUAAGGGUCAUGGCAGCCUUAGUUUUGGGGGAAGAAAAAACCUGAAGUGAUGACAGUUCUUUGAGCAAAGACCUGAUGUAUGUAGUGUCCGCUUUCCAUGGUGACUCAAGCACACGGUGGCUCUGAUUUAUAGGCUGCUUCAUGUUGCAGACGGGAAACCCUCCUAGGUCGGUGUGAGGCUGAACCGGGACAACAGACCCUCUGGCCCUUCCCACUCCUCAUCUUCCUAAGGUCACCUCUCAGAGGGUCUCCGUGAUCUUUCAGAAACCAAAUGCACAGCUUUGCUCUACGAUGGAAAUUCUGCAACCUUGGGAACUAUGACCAGUAUCAACUAGUAGGUGCUUUUUAAAGCCUCAAAGGUGGAGUGGGGAUGGGGGCCGGUGGAAGCCUGGUUCUUACUUUACCCAAACUGUGUAUAAAGAAUAAAGUUAGCAGAACGACACCGCAGUCACUGUGGUUUUUUUUUCUUUCAAUUUUUUUUUAUUAAUAACACAUCAAUUUGCAGUUUUACAGGAACCAAGAUUCAAGUUCCUUAGGUGCUACUGUAUUUUUAUGUUGCACGCACAUACACGCACACACGGUUUCAUUAGUAAUAUUUCACCUAUGGGUUUUUCUUAAGAAAAAAAAAAAAACAAAACAACUCCUGUGUGGCACAAA